AUGAAACCCCAACAACUGCCUCAUGCGGCCGAGGUGAUCCGCAAUGAAAUCAAAGAGAUGAUCGAUGCCCAGGGCAAGCUUCUCGAGGAGGACGUGGAUGAGAACGGGAACAAGAGGUACAAGGGAACGCUAUUGGAUGAAAAGAUUUCUCAAUUGAAAGUGGCAUUGGAAAUCGACGAGGUAAGCACGGUUACUGGCUCACAAGGGCAUUUUAUUGAUCUCUAG